AUGAAGACGACGUGGAAGGAUAUCGCGCCGGUGCCGACAUCGCAGGAGUUCCUCGACAUUGUCCUCUCCCGCACACAACGCCGCCUGCCCACCCAGAUUCGCGCCGGCUUCAAAAUCAGUCGUAUCCGAGCCUUCUACAUUCGCAAAGUCAAGUACACCUCAGAGACAUUUGCCGAGAAGUUGUCAGCUAUCCUCGACGGCUUCCCCCGAUUGGCAGACAUUCACCCGUUCCACAAGGAUCUGCUCAACACCCUCUACGAUGCCGACCAUUUCAGAAUUGCGCUGGGUCAGCUCAACACUGCCAAGGGCUUGAUCGAGACGGUAGCAAGAGAUUACGUGCGACUGCUCAAGUACGGACAGAGCUUGUUCCAGUGCAAGCAGCUCAAGAGGGCGGCAUUGGGUCGCAUGGCCACAAUCUGCAAGAGACUGAAAGAUCCGCUGGUGUAUCUUGAGCAGGUGAGGCAACAUUUGGGUCGUCUGCCUGGUAUUGAUCCGAACACAAGAUCGCUCCUGAUCUGCGGUUACCCUAACGUCGGCAAGUCGAGUUUCUUGAAGAACAUCUCCCGCGCAGAUGUGGACGUGCAGCCCUAUGCUUUCACCACCAAGUCCCUGUUUGUGGGCCACUUUGACUACAAGAUGCUUCGUUUCCAGGCCAUCGACACGCCCGGAAUUCUGGACCACCCACUUGAAGAGAUGAACACGAUCGAAAUGCAGAGUAUCACAGCCAUCGCACACUUGAGGAGUGCCAUCAUGUACUUCAUGGAUCUCAGUGAGCAGUGUGGCUACAGUGUUUCUGCUCAGAUGGACUUGUUCGAGAGCAUCAAGCCACUCUUCGCCAACAAGCUUGUGUUUAUCGUAGUGAACAAGAUCGAUGUGAUGAGACCUGAAGAUCUGGAUGCGGAGUCGAAGGAGAGAUUGGAGAAGUUGUCGAAGAGCGCAAACGUCGAGCUUCUGCAAUUGAGCUGCACAACCACAGAAGGUCUCAUUGGUGUGCGAAACGCAGUAUGCGAUCGCCUUCUGGCAGAGCGCAACGCACAGAAGCUGCAGGCUGGCACGAACGCUUCCGGAGAGGUCACAGGACGACUCGGCGAUGUCUUGCGCAGGAUUCACGUUGCGCAGCCACUCGGCGGCGUCACUCCAUGGACACCUGAGCUACCGGAGGGCAUCAAGAACAGGAUCAAGUACGACAAGGACGACCCGAACCGACCCAAGCUUAUGCGCGACAUCGAGGAGGAGAAUGGUGGUGCCGGUGUGUUCAACGUCAACCUCAAAGACAACUACCUUCUCGAGAACGACGAAUGGAAGUACGACAAGAUCCCCGAAGUUGUCGACGGCAAGAACGUGUACGACUUCAUCGACCCAGAUAUCGAGGAGAAGCUGAAGGCUUUGGAAGAGGAGGAGGAGCAAAAGGAGGCAGAAGGAUACUACGACGACGAGGACGAAGAGCUGGAAGAUGCGGAAGAGGCAGACAUUGCAUACAAAGCCGAGCUCAUCCGCGAGAAGCGCCAGCUCAUCAGAAAUGAGAACCAGAUGCGCAAAUCGCUCAAGAACAGAGCCGUCAUACCCCGAUCGAAGAAAGCAGUCGAACUCGAGAAGAUGGAGAAGUCCCUCCAGAACGCUGGCUACGACACUUCCGCGAUUGCGACCCGCGUUGAGGAGGCUCGUUCGAAAUCACGACCACGUGGCAGGAGUCAAGCGCCCACUGAGGACGCCGACGCGAUGGAUGUGGACGCUACACCAAAGGAGCGCAUGUCGAGAAGCAUGUCCGUGCUGAGACAACGCAGCCAGAGCAAGAACAGGCGCGACGACGGUGUGACGGAUGAGCUUGCGAGGACAAAGGCGGAGAGGAUGCAGAAGCUGGGACAGAAGAAGAUGAACAGAAUGGCGAGACAGGGUGAGGCUGAUAGGCAUACUACUGCGGCUAAGUCGAAGUGGCUGUUGGCUGGUAAGAGAGGUAUGGGAAGCACGAGGAGCAGGUAG